AUGGAACAGCGGGCCCGGUCCAUCGUAUACUGGCCUGGCAUGUCGAAUGACAUACGUGUCACCAGGGAGAAAUGCCACGACUGUAACAGGAACGCGUCGUCACAGGCCAGAACCCCCCCUCUUCCCACUGCGCCACCAUCAACCCCGUUCGAAGCAGUGUUCGCUGACUUCUUCGACUACAAAGGUUAUCAUUACCUCGUCGUAGGAGACCGCCUCUCUGGCUGGGUAGAAGUCUUAAGUCCCCCAGCCAAGACCAACCUUGCAGGAAGCACAGGAUUAAUUCGCCACCUCCGCACCUUCUUCGCCACGUUCGGCGUACCCGAGGAGCUCUCGAGUGACGGAGUCCCAGAGUUCACCGCCAAGGCUACGGAGGGCUUCCUACGAACCUGGGACGUCAAACAACGUCUGUCUUCAGUCAGCUUCCCACAGUCCAACGGCAGGGCCGAGGUGGCAGUUAAAACUGCAAAGCGUCUGCUGCUAUCCAACACUGGUCCCACGGGAAGCCUUGACCAGGACCGAUUCCUGAGAGCCAUCCUACAGCUGCAGAACACACCCGACCCGGACUGCAGUUUAUCACCGGCCCAGAUCAUCUUUGGGCGCCCCCUGAGGGACACACUCGCAUUUGUCAACCGCCAAGAGAAGUUCUCCAACCCCCACAUACGACCCCUCUGGCGUCAGGCAUGGGCGGCGAAGGAGGACGCACUCCGAACGCGGAUCUCCCGCACAACAGAGUUCCCUCAGAGAGCACGCGCGACCCCUCCGCACCCUCGCCAUUGGCACAAGAGUCUUCCUGCAGAACCAGCAGGGCCCUAA